AUGCGCGAGGAUCUUCUUCGUCGGUUUGCGUUCGGUAUCACAAUCGAGGACACACAAAUGAGAUUGUGGCUCAGCAAUCGUGCGUUCCUUGCGGUUACAGAACCUAUCAACAUCUUCGAGAAUAUCGAUAGUGUUAUCUCGCUCUUUUACGCUCUUGGAUCUGCGUCUGCGUCUUCUAAUAUGAAAGAGCUCGGAUGGGACCCCACUGUCGAGCGGAUCCGUGAUGGGGAGGUUUUCCAAUACAAGUUCACUAUCGGGGACGAAGUGUUCACCACGACACGUGAACUUGCAACCUAUGGCGCAGACUCUAUGGUUGGGCGUGGAACUCGCGUGUACGAAGCUACAGACGCCGAGGGAAAGAAAGUUGCCGUCAAAGAUUCGUGGAGAGAAGCUGGACGUCAAUCAGAGGGCGAGAUCCUAAAAAAUAUCUUGGCUUCCUGUGAGGAGAAGCUGCAACCGGAUGAGUUGGCGAAUGCCAAGAGGCACUUCGUUGGAGUCCGGCUCUGGCAGGAUGUCGCAAUCGACGAUACCCGAGAUGAGACGCUGGACGUGAUGGCUGCAGAAGAGCAUAAUCAUACCUGGGUGUCCAUCGAUCUCAAUCCUAUCCUCUCCAAGACACUACAUUUAUCUAGCAAAGGCGACGUACCCGACUCUGGUCAGCUGUCUGCCUCUUUUCCCACACAACUGGGCAUUAUUGCGCACAAAGAAACUGGCAUCCCACGCAGAGUCCAUACUCGCACUGUCUUCCAUGAUGUCGGAGUCGCUCUCAAGGAUGUCACCUCUUUGGCCGAUCAUCUGACUUGCUUGUCCGGUGCACUUAUGGCCUUGUAUUACUUGCACAAAGCAGGCUGGGUUCAUCGCGAUUUCAGCGUCGGGAACGCAAUUUGGGUCGGGUACGCGAAAGAGAUAGAUUCAAAAACUUCUAAUGAUGUUCGAACGGGAACGAUGCAUUUCAUGGCUGUGGAAGUAGAAUGCCAGGAUUAUCUUUUCCUCCCAAUUUCCGACCCCCUCUCACCUGGUACAGACGCCCCGAUCAACCCUCCGUUUCGCAUGAAUUUCCUGCACGACAUUGAAUCUGUAUGGUGGGCUUUUACCUGGAUCUUCUUUUAUCACACGGACACAACAACGGAGAACGCCGGCCAUUCCUUUGAUGAUCAGUGGAACCAAUUCCAGUUGGCCUUCCCUGGUACGGUCGGCCACAUAUCACGCCGGGACUGCUUCACCAACAUUAGGGGACUCCAAAGCAACUGCAAAGCUGUCCUUUCAAAGACGUGCCAUAAUGUUUGCUAUCAUAUUCCUCAUUUCGCAAAAGCUCUCCAAGAUGGCUAUCGAAAGGCGGAGGCGAAUCAUCCCUUGCUAGCGCUUGACAACAUCCUUCUGGAAGAUAUGCAUGGAAAAGCUGCAGAAUUUCUCUAUGGUGCGCAAGAACGUGCUGGGGUUAUAGAACUUCAUCCGCUCCCAAACGUUCUGAAGCAGAAGAGACCCAGACCGGGAGAUGAGACAUCCCCUCCGCCAAAAUAUAAAGGGAAGAAGCCUCGACGCGAUUGAUUUUUGUUGUUUGUACGAGAAAGAACCAGGAGAUGGUAGCUUGGCGUCUCGUAUACGUAGCUGUGACUUCGUGGUUACAAAUAAUAGGAAUGUUCAUAGUACUCAAUUAUAUUUGGAGUUUCCAAGAAG